AUGACCCGACAACGCCGCCGUGAGAAGGUCGACGGGUCACCCGAGGAUGACACUGAUCUCACCAGCGAUGAUGAAGACCAACAAGAUUGCAAGGACCUCGCGGAGUUCUUUGCCGACAACGAGUAUCCGCCCGAGUAUUAUAUCCAGCAGUUGGAGAAUUUCGACGAGACAAUUUAUAAUCAAGAAGAUUACCGCCCAGAAACUUUGCUUUUACUAGAUCGAGUUGAAAGACAGUGGCAUGGAUUCUGUGCGUAUACGUGGAGGGACCCCGUCAACUCGUACACGACUUUGUCCAUUGGGACUUUGCACAUCUUUCUGGAAUGGGUGCUGAAUCUGCGUCGUGGUGAGGGAGGACGACGACUGCGGGGCAUCAAAAAGAAAAGCUCUUUGGAGACCUUCUGGAAGGUAUUUCGUCUGGUACACGAGAGAGCCACCGGCAGCAAGAUCAAUCCUGUGAUCACUUGUCAAAUGCACCGGGUACGGAUUUCCAUCAGGCCCAAGGAACGUCCCGAGCCUGGGUCUACCAGGGAUAUGUCGCAGCAGCUGACAGCUUUAGGUCAUUCGGACUCUCGCAAAGAAGUACCGAUUGAAGAAAAGGGGCCGCGAGAAGUCGGUCAUCUGGCCGGUCUCACUACCAAUCGGCCUCAGGCGAUUCUCGACCUGUGCUAUCGACAUAUUCAAGUGACUCUCCUACAGGACCCGUGUAGCGGGCCGCAUCGAAUCUUGAUUGAGUUCACCUUUGAAUUUACGAAGGAGUUUCUGGGAGCUAAGGACAACCCUCAUGUCUUCCUCCUAGGACUGUUGUUUGCCGACCGUGCCUUUCAUCGCGUAGAGGGCCAGGAGGUGCUGGUGUCUGCGGAGCAGCUGCUGCACCUCAACAUUCAUCCUGAAUGUAAUGAGCUCCGUUUGCUGCUCGACCCGGCAUUGGAUGACGUUCCAGUCUUCCGUCAGUCCCUGCAGACCUUGCAAGGAACGGCCAUCUUGGCCGACCAGGCGCUCCCCUACUCGACUCUCUUGCCAUGGGUGAAAAAAGUGGGUGCCCUCACUGGCUUCCAGCAGAUCGCCCGUCCAUACAGCCUUCAAUAUGGUGCCGGCAAGGCGCUGGAUAAUAGUGGCUCCGUCAGUGACGCCCUUUGGAAUCUGAUCAUGCAUCACGCUGAUACACGGACGUUCCUCAAAUACUAUCUGUCACGACGCAUUGAUCAGGAUCUGGCCGGCAUCAUCCGCGGUCUGGAUCCGCAGGAAGAAAUGAUGCGGGCCGCGUGCCGCAUGAGCCGGACCAUCGAUCCGAAUCGGCCGCAAGAGCUCACAACGGCGCAGUCGUCCUCGGUCAAUCAGCAUCCCGACAUUCAGGAGCUUAUUUGCCGGAGGGAUGAUCUGGGCCGACGCCUUGGGCGGCCGUUAGCACGGCACAAAGGAACGGCCAAAUACGACCUCUACCAGAAACUCAACUGCGAAUUGGCCAGAGCGCGUCAGAGAGCCCAGGAUGCUUUGCUGGUGGAACUUCAGGACAAAUAUGAUCAAGAGCAGCCGAUGCUGGAGGUCCAGCGACAACUAUCUGGAGUGAAACUCUCUGAGACCGUGAAUCAUUCUUUGGAACAGUACGAGGAAGUGCCUUUGCCCCAAAGGCGCUUGAUUGAAGCCCUUCUUACUCUCCCACGACCGACGUUGGAGGAAGAAAUGCUUCGAUGGACCAAGGCGAUCGACGCCAUUACUGCAUACUGCUUAUUUGACGAAGGUGACACAUGCCGCAUUGCCCAUGAAAAGCGACGGCGGGACUCGGGUCCAAUCGACGCAGAGGAAACUGAAGACUCCCCAAAACCAAACAGGGAGUCAGGGUCUAAGCCAACCCUCUCUCAGCGGGAACUGAAGCUACAGGCCGCUGUUCUUUGUAUCGGAAGAAAAACGGCCGUUGUACUGUUUCAUCUGUGUUGGGAAGUCUAA